GAAAAAAUUAACCGUAACGUGUUAAAUUUGAAGUAUGAAAUGAGAUCACUUCAUGAAAAGAUUGAUAAAAUUGAAGAAAUGAUCAGAAACAACACAAUGAACAGCAAUGCUGAAUUGAACAAAGAUGCAAGUGUAUCAGAUUUAUUUAUAUCACUAAACAGUGAUUUUCCUUUAGAGGAUGAAGAUGCUCUUCAAACAUUUGAAAAUAAGCUGUUAGAUAACAAUUAUAGGAUACAAUUAGUGGCUGAACUUGCCCGUUAUGUGCGCAAUACAUUACCAAGUACCAUAAGGGCUAUGAUGCGUUUUCUUUUCAAAGACACUUUACUACAAGAGUAUAGUUAUAAGGGGCAAAAGAAAAAAAAAGUGUUUUCAACUCUUGGAGCUAGCUCUAUUAUAUUUGAUGCUGUGAAAAACAUGAAACGUUAUCAAAAGCACGAUAAAAUUGAUGUGGAACAACCUAUGAAAAUUUUUAUAGCUGGUGCGAAAUUUAGAGAGCACAAAAUUGUGGAACUACAAUCAAAUACAUUAUAAUAAUAUUAAAUGUAAUCAUUGUUAUUUAUGAU